AUGGGUCAGGCGCUCUCCAUGUGGUCGACACCUGUUCCUCCAAUCGAGGUCCCUGCUAAAGGACCUCCUCUUCCUGAGUCUACUGGAGGACUUCCUCCUCCUGGCCAGCGGAUCGUGGGAGGCCGCGAGGCAUUGCCGCACGAGCACGGAUACCAGGCGUGUCUUCUUAAGAAAACUCGUUAUCUUUGUGGGGGCGCUAUCCUCAGUGAUAUGUUUAUCUUGACAUCUGCCAACUGCGUAUCAGAUUCUGCGCAAUUGUAUGUACUUGUGGGCCGCUACAAUUUACUGGAAGCGGAGAGCAGUAGCCAGAGGAUUCCGGUUGGGAAAGUAUUUAUUCACCCGGACUUUCAUGCCAGUCUGAGUCACUUAAAGGCUGAUAUUGCUCUUGUGAAAUUGAAAAAGAAGAUAGAUAUGAAUGAUAAAGUUUUCCCUAUCAAAUUGCCGACUAGUGACGCGUACAAUGGUAUGCCUCUGGUGGUCACUGGGUGGGGGAAAACUUGUAAGUAAUAUAGCCAGUUGAAAAGAU